CAGUCAUCCCCUUUGACUUGAACGAAGCACCUAUUUAUACAUUCUUUUAUAAAUUUGGAAAAUUUAUUUGUACAUUUCGGCAUGACAUUCUUCGAGCAGAUCAGUGAUCACUUUUGCCGCGUUGUGCACACCAAUCUCAAGAUACCUCUAUCAUGUUGCGAAAGGCGCAUCAACUGGAAAAUCUCGAAAAGUAUCGAUUUAUUGGUAUUCUUUUAUACCCUCAACAUCGGUGUCCUUCGAUUGUUAAUAAAUUUUAUAGAUUUCAUGAUCGUUUUCUUCGGAUGGCCAAGCAAUCUUUUGAUUUUAAAGGACUUCAAUUCGCGGCGCUUUCGAGCCCUCACACACUUUUUACUGGUGAGAGCGUACAUGCUAAUGAUAUACUCCAUUGUAUUUAUCACUCCGCAUAAGAAUAAUAUCUUCGUUCCGCUUUUUGCCAUCAUCAUGACCAUCGAUGUGUAUGUCAUUAAAUUAGAUAUGAAGCGACGUGGAUUGAUGCCUCUGGAGCGCAGUGUGCCCCCCCUAUGGGAAAUAUUGAUCAGCUUGUGCUGUGUUGUUGCCGGGCAAUGGCUGCUCAAGUAUUUGAUCUUUCAUUAGCGUACGGAUUUCAUUGUAAUGUUUUGUUCGCCUUAUAAUUGCUUUUUUUCUGAAAUAUACAUUGAAUACAUUGUCACUCCUCU